UUCACUUUGUGAGCGAAUCAGCCUAGAAUAUACCGCUGCAUCCAGGUAAAAGAAAAAGAAAGGGAAGGUAAAAAACAACAAACUAUUCUUUACUUAUUGUUUAGUUAAACAAGAAAGGAAGAAAAAGAAAAUUGUUUUUUUUUAAGAAAGAAAGACUUCCUUAAAGAAAAAGAAAGAAAAGCUAUUUCUUAGAGAGAAAGAAAGAAAAAACUAUAUCAUUCACAUAGAAAGAAAGAUAAAAACUAUUUCUAAAUUAUUCCUUAUAUAAAACGAAAGAAAGGAAAAGAACAAAGAAGAAAAAAAACCCGCACGCCUCGAAAGCCCGAGGUCGAACUCCGGUCUCCCUCCAGCACACGGGGAUGGCGAGGAUGACCUCAUCCCGAGCGCUGGUGACCUUAGCGCUCCUGACGGUGACCUUUGGAGGAGGAGCCCAGGCCUUUCCCUGGAGGGAGCCGAGGCAGACGUCCUUCUUCAGCGGCCUCGUCAACGCCCUCCUCAGGUCGUCGGCGGACUUCCAGAGCAUCGCCUCCACGGCUGACCUGUGUCGCAUGGCCGGCUACGAGGUCGAGGAGCACAGGGUCGUGACCGAGGACGGCUAUGUCCUCACCGUUCACCACGUGCCGCCCUUCGCCAACCCGCGGCGGAAAAGCGGCGAUUCAGAAAGCGAUCGUUCCCCGCCCGCGACGCCAGCCAAAGACGAAAGAAGAGCGAGAAGCGCGGGGACGACAGAAGAGGGAGGCCGCGCGCGCGCUGGUCCAGACAAUGUCGUGUUCCUUCAGCACGGCCUCAUGGGAUCGUCGGACAACUGGAACACUAAUACUGAAGAAGACAGUUUAGCUUACCUCCUCUCCAACGCUGGCUUCGACGUCUGGAUGGGGAACUUCCGGGGCAAUAUUUACUCACGAGGUCACGUCUCCAUGACCCAUGAUGACCCCGACUUCUGGAGGUUCAGCUACGACGAGAUGGCGGGCUACGACCUCCCCUCCAUGCUGGACUACGUGGCCAACCGCACCCGCGCCCGCAACAUGCACUACGUGGGCCACUCGAUGGGCACCACCGUCUUCUUCGCCCUCAUGAGCUCCCGGCCCGAGUACCAGAGCAGAGUGAAGUCCAUGGUGGCCCUCGCGCCCGUGGCCACCGUGCAGAGCAUCACGUCGCCCAUCAAGUACCUCGCGCCCAUCGUCAGCGAACUCCAUUUCAUGCUCCGCCUCUUCGGGAACGACGAGGAGCUCAUGACCAACAGGCUCCUGACCUCGCUGUGGGACCCCUACCGCGCGUGCAGCAACCAGGCCAUCUGCGAGAAUCUGCAGUUCAUGAUCACGGGCUUCGACCCCGAGAGGGCGGACAAGAAAAUGGUUCCUGUUAUCCUUUCGCAUAACCCCGCGGGCGCUUCGACGCAAACUCUGUUCCAUUUUGUACAAGGAUUUAACUCGGGUCGUUUCCAGAAGUACGACUGGGGUAAGAAAGGCAAUAUGCUGAAGUACGGGACAGAACAACCACCCGAGUACGACGUUUCAAAAAUCGACCUUCCAGUCACGCUCUUUUGGGGCGCCAACGACUGGCUGACCGGCAAAGAGGACAUCAACCGACUCGAGAAACUACUGCCGCAACUCCAAGCCAGUUAUAAGGUGUUGAAUCCUGUCUUUAGCCACCUGGAUUUCCUUUGGGCCACUGACGCUCGUUCUCUCGUCUAUGAUAAGCUUUUCGAUAUCUUGAACAACGAAGUGAGAACUUGAUGUUAUUGAUAAUAAAAAGUUAAUUUGUUGAGAUUAUAGACAAUCUGUUUUUAAAAGAUGUGUCUUGUCGAUGUAAUUUUUGUAUUUGGCGUCUGUGAUUUUCGGAUUUUGUUGGGGGGGAUUAUAAUUGAAAAUUGGUGAUAAUCUUUGAACCAGAACAGUGUUGGUACAGUUUUUAUUGUUACUAUAAUUACUCAUUUAUCAUCAUCGUUAGUAUUACCAUUACUGUUAUUAUUAGUUGAAAGAUUAUCAUUAUCAAGAUAAG